AUGCCCCUCGAUACAUCAACCUACGACCUAGCGCUCCUGCGCAUCGACGGACGCCGAUGGAAUGAGCUACGUCAACUUCGCGGACAAAUACGUACUCAAGCUGCCGCCGAUGGGUCCUCAUACUUCGAGCUUGGAAACACGAAAGUCAUGUGCGUGGUUUCAGGUCCUAGUGAAGAGGGAAAGAGACGCGCUAUGGGUGCUUCUUCCGCAGCCGCUGCGGGCGGAGGAGGGGCUGGUGGUGCUUCGAACGAUGCGGAUAUAUUCGUUAGCAUCGUAGUCGGAGGGUUCAGCACAGUUGAUCGCAAGAGGAGAGCUAGGGGUGACAAACGUAUCCAAGAACUCCAAUCCACAAUCGCCAAAUCCCUCGCCGCGGUGUUACACACACACCUCUUCCCACGCUCCACAAUCUCCCUCUCCCUCCACGUACUCUCGCAAGACGGCUCCCUCCUAGCAGCCCUAAUCAACGCGUCCACACUAGCACUCAUCGACGCUGGGGUGCCGAUGACCGAUUACUUAGUAGCCUGCAGCGCGGGCAGUACAUCGACAUUCGCUGCCGCCGACGAACGCGCGGAUCCGCUUAUGGAUUUAAACAACCAAGAAGAGCAAGAACUACCCUUCCUAACUGUGGGGACGUUGGGGGCUAGUGAUAAAGUCGCGUUUUUGGUGUGUGAGAGUAGGGUGCAGGUUAGUAGAUUAGAAGGGAUGAUGGUGGCUGCUGCGGAUGGAUGUGCGAAUAUACGCGCGUAUCUUGAUUCGGUUGUUAGGGAGAAGGGACGAAGGAUGGUGGCUGAGGGGGCGGUGGAGAAGGGGGUUAGUAUGGCGAUGGAUAUUGAUGCUUAA